CAAUAUUAUUAAAAAAAAAAAAAAAAGAAAAAGAGACCCCCGCCCAAGCACAAUACACACGCAUCCCCAUUGUUAGAAGUCUUUUGCUGUGAUUCCAUCGGAGCAGCGAUGAGAGAGAAGAAAGAGAGAAAACUCUGAGUUUCUGUAGAGAGUCAUAAAGAUGAUAAUACCUGGAGAGACCUACUUCUAAAUUUUUAUUUCUACUUUUCUUUUUCAUUUUAUCUGUAAUUAACCUAACCCUAGAUUAGGAUUUUUUUUUUCCCUUGAUUCUCUAAUCUUCAGAGACCCACGAAAUUCCAGAUCUCAAUUCUAUCUUCUCUGUUUUUCUUUUACCCCUGUUGGGUUUCUUCGUUUCCGUGCGACUUUUUCAAUUUGUCGGUGCGGCUGAUUCGGUGUACAGUGUCGUGUUUUUUCUCGGCAUUAGUUUGUUUUUCCCACAUUUUUGAUAAUUUUUUUUUCUUGAGGAAGUUGUCGAAUUAGGUUUUGUAUUGUAGCUGGGGGUUUCAAUUUUUGGGUUUCUGUUGAUCGUAUUGAUGGAGCCGCGUGUUGGUAAUAAGUUUCGGCUCGGUCGAAAGAUCGGCAGUGGGUCGUUUGGGGAGAUCUAUCUCGGAACUAAUAUCCAGACAAAUGAAGAGGUUGCCAUUAAGCUUGAAACUGUAAAGACAAAGCAUCCCCAAUUGCUGUAUGAAUCAAAGUUAUACAGAAUCCUUCAAGGAGGAACUGGGAUUCCAAAUGUGAGAUGGUUUGGUGUGGAGGGAGACUAUAAUGUUCUUGUUAUGGAUUUGCUUGGACCUAGUCUUGAGGAUCUAUUUAACUUCUGCAGUAGGAAACUUUCUUUGAAGUCGGUUCUUAUGCUUGCUGAUCAGAUGAUCAAUCGUGUUGAGUUUGUUCAUUCAAAAUCAUUUCUUCAUCGAGAUAUCAAGCCAGACAAUUUUCUCAUGGGCUUGGGACGGCGUGCUAAUCAGGUAUACAUGAUUGACUUUGGUUUGGCAAAGAAAUAUAGAGAUAGUUCAACCCAUCAACAUAUACCUUACAGGGAAAAUAAAAAUUUGACUGGAACUGCUAGAUAUGCAAGUAUGAACACGCACCUGGGAAUUGAGCAAAGCCGGAGGGAUGAUUUAGAAUCUUUGGGUUAUGUUCUUAUGUACUUCCUAAGAGGAAGUCUUCCUUGGCAAGGACUAAAAGCGGGAACGAAGAAACAGAAGUAUGAGAAAAUUAGUGAAAAGAAGGUCUCCACUUCAAUUGAAGCCUUAUGUAGGGGUUAUCCAACCGAAUUUGCGUCCUACUUUCAUUACUGCCGUUCAUUACGAUUUGAUGAUAAGCCUGAUUAUGCUUACCUGAAAAGAAUAUUUCGUGAUCUCUUUAUUCGUGAGGGCUUCCAAUUUGAUUACGUCUUUGACUGGACAAUAUUGAAGUAUCAGCAAUCACAGCUGGCUAAUCCUCCAGCUCGUGCCCUUGGCCCCGGAAUUGGAACUAGUUCUGGAAUGCCCCCUGCUAUUGCCAGUGCGGAUAGACAGACAGGUGGGGAAGAUGCACGACAGGCAGGGCAGUCUACAGAUUCUGCUCGGCGUAGAUUUUCAGGACCUAUCCUAAGUACUGGAGGUUAUGCAAAGCAGAAGAGCCCAGUUGCCAAUGAUUCUUCACUUAAUAAGGAUCCCAUGUUGCCAAGCUCUACUUUUAUGGGGCGAUCAAGUCGAUCCUCGAGACAAGCUGCUACCGUUUCUACCAGUCGUGAUAUAUUUGUUGGAAGUGAAGCUGAUCCCCAACGGUCUCGCACAACUGAUGCAAGCCCGGGAAACAUGCAUAAAAUUUCAAGUGGGCAAAGGAGUCCUCUUGGUUCUGCAGCAGACCCCAGACGUUCGUCAUCAGCCAGAAAUGCCACGCACAUGAAGACCUAUGAAUCUGCUCUCAAGGGAAUCGAGGGGCUGAACUUUGACAAUGAUGAGAAGGUUCAUUAUUAGGUGUGCUGAGCACUGUGCACUGUGAACUGUUGUAAAUCAUGAAUUUGUUGGUGUGCUGUUACAUUUGCAGUGGACUAGUUUAUCUCAUAGAGUUGGGUUCUGGAACUUGUGCUUAUAGUUCUGGAUUUCUUUUUGCACACUCAAGACAUCAGCUGAUUACGCAGAAAACAGAAAACAGUCCUGGGAAGCUGAAGGUCUCAAAAUUUAGAAGGCUUCUUAGAAGACGUUGGGUGUGUUACUGCGGUACCUUUUAAAAAAAAAAAAAAAAAACUUGUCCGGAUAUUCUAAAAAAAAUUUCUCCAGAUAUUCUAAAUAGCCUUUCUGUUUCUAUUGUCACUUUGUUCACUUAAGCCAUCAUUUUUUUACAUGUUCCUUCGAUCCAAAAGCUCAAAACAUGAAGCCAAUGUAAAUUGGGUGUUGUGUCA